AUGGCCACGGUCGCCCAACCCAUGUAUGGCGCUCACCAUAAUGGAUUCAUAUCCAACACCUCCGUAACGUCGUCCCAACAGCACCCUGUCAAUCUCCAUCAGCCGCAACAGCCGCCCGAUGCAGACCAGCUCGACGACGAGUUUCCCCUUUUCUGUCGCGCUCUUUACGAUUACCAAGCUCAGGACGCCUCCGCACUCUCUUUCCGUAGGAACGACAUAAUAGAAAUCUUGACCCAGCAGCCAUCAGGCUGGUGGGACGGUCUUCUAGGUGACGAGCGUGGAUGGUUCCCCUCCAACUACGUGACCAUAAUAUCCGAAGACGAAGCCGAGGCCGCAUUCUCCUCCACCGAUCGGACUCAGCCAGUAUCUGCUGCCACCGUAGAAAAUGAGGAGUGGUUGGAGAGGGAGCUCGGUACUCGCGAUGGCAUCCAAGCACUCGCGAAUGCCACCAUCGACAGCCCAGCUCAGUCCAACGACUUUUGGAUGCCCCAAGUGACGGUAGACGGCCAGAUAUACUAUGUCAAUACACAGACUGGCCAGCACUCUCGAGAUCUACCACAAGAGUCGGACGACCAGAUCUCUGACAGUGAGCUGGCGGGCCUGACGUCCCAGUCGAGCUCCCGUUCAGGGACAAGUGCUGGGCUUGGCCUCACACCCAGUUCUUCGACGUUGAUAGAAUCGUCGGACGGUAGCGCAACGCCAGGUUUCGGAUUGCAACGGCGCACAGGUACACCGGAACCAUGGAUUCGGAAGUUAGCAGAUGACGGCAUGUCGUACUACUACUGGAAUCCCGUCGAUAAUCAAGUGCAGUGGACCCGACCUGAAGCGGAGGCCUCCGUUGUUUUGGGCCGAGGGCGAUCCGACUCUCAACCAACGCAGCGGAGUGGUCAGUUGAGCGUCUACUCGGAUGACUCGGAUAUACAACCCAACGAAGGCAAUCGAACGGCACGCUCUCAAUGGAACACAGAACUCACACCCGUCGAUGACCCCACGUCAAUGGAACUCACCUCAGCCGAGCGACUCGCACAAACACUUCAACAAGCGCUGUCUCCAUCACCGCCUGAGAUCAUCACCGAUCUAUCCGCAAUAGCUCGAAAUUCCAUACAGGCAGUCGUAGACAGCAUACAACUGAAUGGAGUCACCCGGCAGCCUGAGGAGGACGAGAAGAUGGAUGGACUCGUUCGCCAUGUCGUGCUUUCCGUCCGCAACCUGCUCUACGUUGCUGCGAUACCUACUGGUCACAUUCCGAGCAACGUACUCCCCCCCGAUUUGCGCAACUUACGUCCGAACCCUACCGUUCACUCUCAGUUGAAGUCAGCCCAGAGGAAAGUCACCGCCACCCUUUCCAAAUUAGUCCUCUCGGCUCGGGCAAUGCAAUACGACACCGGGGGAUCUAUUCAUGAUACACCUAAUCGAAUAGAAGGUGACGCGGAGGAACUAGAACGUGCUAUUGUUUCCUUCGUGCUGGAAGUUCAGAGGUUCCAACACCAGGAGGAUUCUCCUCAGCAAAAGCAUAUUGUCAAGCGACUGCAUGGCGUAUUCUCAACAGCUAACAUUGGCUUGGGACUAGUAGGCGCUGGCGCGGCUGGGAGUUGGAAGGGUUUCGGUUGGGUGUCCUUGGAUAAUGAGCAAGAGGUUCCGCGCCGCGUACUAGGUUCUGAGGUAGUGAACGAGUUGUCUUCGUUCCUAUCACAACUGGACGAGACGCUGAGCGCUAUAAAUACCACGAUCAGAAACCAGGACCCUCAUAAAGGUAAAGACGUAGCCUCUCAAGGCCAAAGUCUUCUGAGUAAAGUCUCUGGGUUCCUUCUGUUUAUCUCGCACAUUCACGUCGCUCGGCAUGUCGAUAUCGAUGGAAUCCGACAAGAAGCGGGUGCCCUGCCGAACGAACUAUACACUGGAUCAGUAGAAAAGGCACGUAUACUCGUACGUGCUCUGGAAACCAGUUUGCAGUCUCUCUACGACGACGCUGCCUCGAUUGUGCUUGCAAUGCAACUCUUGAGCCCUCUUCACCCUACUGCAGACGGCAUUCCACUGGAGUUAGUAGAUACCCUUGUCUCAUCUUUGAAGGCAAAUUUGGGAGUUGUUAACGAAACGCUGGGAGGACUACUUGCUGUCGGUCACGAGCAGGCAGAGCUUGCCCAGGGCGACUACACGGGUUCAAUUGAAUGGCGUAUGUCACGUCUGAGCAUGAUCGACACCCAGUUCGGCGGUGCGUUGUCACCAACAUCACCUUCUAUCCUUGAACAAGAAGACGUGGUCGACAUGGACUUCGCAUUCAGCAAACAAGGCAGUAAACUCCAAACUGGGGUGCCACCGGUAUACGAGGACCCCUCGCAGGAGCAACCUAAACCGAACCGAAGCAUCGUUGCACCCCCUCCGCUGCAAGUGAACAAUGGCGCCCCCAUGGCACCACUUGAUCAAGUGCUAGCAUCACCUGUAUCGCCUGACGGUCUGAUGGACCAGGAGACAGCCACCUUAUUUGAAGAUGAAGUGGUUGGUGUAGCUUCGCCGAAAUCGCCGCCAAGAGCGGCAGGGGCCGAGAAGCUACGGAAGCUACUUGGGGACGAUGCACCGAGGCAUUACUUGGAUACAGUCAGCGCAGACUCAAAGCCAUGGUACCUACGCCCAAACUACGAUCAGACAGAGAUUCAGAUGGAUCCCGAUGGUUCUGUGAGAGGAGGUACCGUCCAGGCAUUGGUCGAGCGUUUGACGGCGCACGAACAUGGAGAUUCUUCAUUCAUCAAGACAUUUCUGUUGACCUACAAGUCAUUCACAACCCUUGACGAGUUGUUCAACCUCCUCGUUCAACGCUUCCGGAUUCAGCCUCCACCAAACCUCUCACCGCCAGAAUUGGAGGAUUGGGGGAAGUUGAAACAGCAUGUGAUUCAGAUGCGUGUCUUGAACACCCUCAAGUCUAUGAUCACGGAUGAAGACGUGCUGGAGAGAGAAGAUUACCAUAUCUUCGAUCGAAUGAAAGAGUUCAUCUCAUCUAGCGAAGUUUCGCGGUUCGCCGCCUCGAAGCAACUUUUGCUCCUGAUCGAACGAGCUCAAAAGGGUGGAGAUAACAUCAAGUCAAUGGUUAGUACGUUGGCGCCGGCUCCUCCCCCGAUCUAUCCUAGGAUAAGCUCUGGCCGGAAAGUCAAGUUAUUAGACGUCGACCCACUAGAGCUAGCGAGACAAUUGACAAUCCUAGAGAGCCAGCUAUACCAGAAGAUCAAACCUAUGGAAUGCUUGCAACGCUCGCGGGAACAGAGCAUGGAACAUCACGACAAUAUAGCCAUUGUUAUCCAAACUAGCAAUAGGAUUGCAGAUUGGGUUGCUGAUUCUAUUUUGAGUAAAGAAGAUUCGCGGCGCCGCGCCGCCGCCGUCAAGCAUUUCAUUAGUGUUGCAGACCGCUGCCGGACACUCCAUAACUUUUCGACGAUGGUGGCAAUCACUUCCGGCCUGAAUACGCCUCCCAUUCGACGGCUGAAGAGAACAUGGGAGCAGGUCAACCAAAAGCUCAUGGCUCAGCUAGGAGCCUGUGAGAUGACCAUCGACACUACAAGAAACUUCAAUAAUUAUAGAUCGACUAUGGCCACUGUAACACCACCAUGUGUACCAUUUAUUGGUGUCUUUUUGACAACCCUUCAAUUCAUCCAGGACGGUAAUCCUGAUAAUCUUGCUGGCAGUCUAGUCAACUUUCGGAAGCGUCAGAAAGCUAUGGAAGUAAUCAACGAUAUCAAACGUUGGCAGGCCCAACCAUUUAACUUUACACCCAUACCCGCAGUUCUUCAGUUUAUCGAGGAAUCCCUGAGUCAAUUCAGCGAGACGGUGGAUGUUCGCGAACACUUUUGGCAACUCAGUCUGGAUCGGGAGCCCAGAGAGCGGGAAGAUGAGAAGAUGGCGAGGCUUCUCCAGGAGAGCGGAUUUCUAUGA